AUGGCGUCUAACAACGAUGUGUACCAAACGCCCCUUAACUCACGUUACUCAAGCAAUGAGAUGAAAUAUCUCUUCUCUCCUCGCAAUCGAUUCUCGACAUGGCGAUCAUUGUGGACAUGGCUCGCUGAAUCCGAGAAGGAACUCGGCCUCCCCAUCAGCGACGAAGCAAUCGCCCAAAUGAAAGCCCACGUCAUCAUCCAAGACGACGAAUUCGCCGUUGCCGCUGAAGAAGAGAAACGCCGACGCCACGAUGUCAUGGCCCACGUCAAGGCCUUUGGCGAUGUUGCUCCGGCAGCUAGUGGAAUGAUUCACGUUGGCGCAACCAGUUGCUUUGUGACCGACAAUGCUGACCUGAUUUUCUUGAGGGAUGGGUUAGAUAUUUUGAUCCCAAAACUCGCAACAGUUAUUGAUAAGCUUGCUGCAUUUGCGAUGGAGUAUAAGGAUCUGCCUUGCCUGGGAUUUACGCAUGGUCAGCCGGCUCAGUUGGUUACUGUUGGUAAACGUGCUGCUCUCUGGCUUCAGGACCUCUUGAUGGAUCUCCGCAACUUGGAGAGAGCCAGGAAGGAUCUCCGCUUCCGUGGUGUCAAGGGUACAACUGGUACUCAAGCAUCUUUCUUGCAAAUCUUCAACGGAGACCACGCCAAGGUCGAAAAACUCGACGAACUCGUCACCGAAAAAGCCGGCUUCGAGUCCGCAUUCAUCAUCUCCGGCCAAACAUACUCCCGCAAAAUCGACGUCGAUGUCGCCAACGCCCUGGGCUCGUUCGGUUCUACCUGCGAGAGAAUUGGAGGCGAUAUCCGCCAUCUUGCUAUGCUCAAGGAGGUUGAGGAGCCGUUUGAGAAGGACCAGAUAGGAAGUAGUGCGAUGGCUUACAAGAGAAACCCCAUGCGAUCUGAGCGUCUGUGCUCGCUUGGCCGACAUCUCCAGAAUCUGCCCAAGGAUGCUUUGGAUACUUAUUCCGCACAGUGGUUUGAGCGCUCUCUCGACGACAGCGCCAUCCGCCGCAUCAGUCUCCCAGAACUCUACCUCUGCGCAGAUGCCUGCUUGAUUAUCCUCAACAACGUCACCUCCGGCUUCGUCGUCUACCCCGAAGUCAUCAGACGCCGCGUCCAGGAAGAACUCCCCUUCAUGGCCACCGAAAACAUAAUCAUGGCCUGUGUCGCCAAAGGCCUCUCGCGCCAAGACGCCCACGAAGAAAUCCGCGUCCUAUCGCACCAAGCAUCCGACAACGUCAAAAAACAGGGAAAAUCCAACGACCUCAUUGAGCGUAUCCGCCGCACCGAAUUCUUUGCGCCCAUCAUCGGCGAGCUUGACUCGCUCUUGGAUCCGAGCACCUUUAUUGGUCGUGCGCCACAACAAGUCGAGAAGUUUGUGUCGACAGAGGUCGAGGCUGCGCUUGAACCCUAUAAGAAGAAUCUUGUUAAGGAUGUUGCUGAGUUGCAUGUAUAA